AGCACCGGAAUGUCACUCAUUUCCGAAAACUCGGAUCAAAUCCCAGAGGAAUAUCUGCCGAUGAUCAUUCAUUAUCUCAAGAAAUAUGAUAACACAAACGUCGACUUAUCUAAACCACAUCUGAAUCCGUACUUUGCAACCAAUUAUCCUAUUAUUGUGUUGGUUUACUCUCUACUGAUUAUCUCGAGCGUGUUGGCUAAUUUGGCAAUGAUAUUCCAUGUUGUCAAACGUCGCUUGUACAAAGAUACGACUUGUGCUUUCCUUAUCAAUAUUGCAAUAGCUAGUACGGUUCACGUCACAUUCGUACUUCCGAUCACGCUUGCCGUUAUGCUUAUGCAAAACUGGAUAUUUGGAAGAUUGAUCUGCUUUUGCCUACCUAUAUUUCAGGAUCUUCCAAUACACAUAUCAAUGUUGACGUAUUUAAUGAUAGCUGGCGAUAGAUAUAGAUACUUAAGUGAUCCCAUAAAAUCUCGCAUCCCAGCAUUUGUCUGCUCUCUGGGAGCACUGUUUUUUGCUAUUUGUAUUGUUCUUCCUUACCCGAUAUAUGCAACAUACUUGGACUUUCAGAAUUUCAGCGAGGCACAAGAUAAUCAAACUUCCAUACGCGGACUCCAGAUGUGUAUAUUCAACUUAGCAGAUGAUAUACAAGAAUAUAUGAGAGGUUUAUUUAUUGGAACUUACAUAGCUCCUCUGACGAUAACAGCCUAUUUCAACGUGAAGUCUGGACAGGAGUUACAGAAUCAAGAAAUACCUUUUCCAGUAGCAGUGUAUGAAGCUAGAACUAACCACUCAGCUAAAUAUUCUCGACAAGGCAGCAGCGUAAGCAACGAUGUAAUGUCAAGUAUCCGAGUCAAACAAGAAAAUGAAAGCAGUGGUACGAGCGGAACUGUUGCUAUUUCGAAUUUGUCAACAUCAUGUGACCUAGAAGAUUCAGAUCUCGAUAUACACAAGGAAAAACGGACACAGAAGUAUAUAGUGCUUAUGACAACAGCAUUUGCUAUAUGUCUUUGUCCGUUAAUGAUCCUCAGAUUAAUAAAACCAUCGAUUGAAGAAACAUAUGCAAAUGCUGAUCACAUCAAUAUGACUUACGUGACACUUGUAUGGGUAGCAUUUUUACCGGAAUUUAUAACCCCAUGUCUCUAUGCUUCUUGGCAAAUGAAUAUAAAAUGUACUUCAACUAGCAACAAUAAUAAACAUACGCAUGUGAUGAACAAAUGAAUGAAAAACAAAUAAAAAUCAUUCGAUUUGGAAGUACUCAGGCAAGCCAGCGAUUGUGCACAUAAACCAUUAUGCACGGUAACAAAGAGUAAGAAUUAAUUCGGACCAUACUGUUGUGGACAAUAGCUUAUGUGUAAAAUAAUUGGGAACACAACCUGACGGCUUGCAGCUCAAAAAUCACUGGGAAACCGAUACCGAAAAAAAUUUUUUUAAUAAAUACUUCAUUAAUUUCAUACAAAGUUAUUAAGCUACCAAAAAAGAAUAUUUUCCGUAUGAAAACUAUUACAUUUUAUUAUAUGUUUUGACUUAAAUACUUUACAGUACUAUUGUUAAAUACGCAUAUUACAUUUAUCGAGACAAUUAUGUAUCAGUUGCAUUGUUUCAAUAUCAGGAAAGGCCAAAUAACAUUUAAUAUCAAGCUGAGGAUACUGUUAAGCUGGUUAAAUUUCGCUAGUGUUUUUAGCAAUGUAGUUCUUUGAAUAUUAAAUUGCAGCAUAUUAUUGGUUAGAUCUUUGUUUGAGCACCACAGUCGUAAUUAACCUCCUGUAUAACUUAAAUUAAGGUAGUGAUUUGUUCAGGCUAAAGUACGACACCUACAUAGUAUAACUAUCAGAACUUGUAACGGUUCUUUUUUUAUUUUGGACUCAUGAGCCAUUACUAGAAUAAAUAUAGUGUUGUAUUUUAAAACUCGAUAUAUUUAUUAUACUUGAAUACGAAGAACGGCAAUAAAUUAUAAUAUAAAUUACUUUCAAAUGCUUUACAUAAAUUGUGAAAUAGUAAGUUUACUGUACAAGAAAUAUAUUGUCAGACACUAUUAUUUUAUAUACAGGGUGUCUCAUUUUA